UGACUCGCGACAGAUGAUGAUUCUCUCAAAGAGCUUCGCGAACGGGAAGGACACACUAUCCCCGCAUAUUUGUCAGUCUGUACGCUUGCAGAUAUAUAGGAAUUAACUUUUUCUUUGCUCACAGACGGGGACGUAGUGGCGGUUGGGAGAUGGUUUUGCAGCAUUUGCCCAGCUAGCGACGAGCGUUUGUUUCUUUCAUAACAUCAGCAAGCUGCAGUCACUGUAUACUGAACUGACUUCUGACAACAAUAAACACACACAUCACAAAGACACGGGUACCCAAGUUAAACAUGGACUACGAAAGACCCAACGUAGAGACCAUCAAGUGUGUUGUUGUUGGAGACAAUGCCGUGGGGAAGACUCGCCUUAUUUGUGCCCGGGCCUGCAACUCUACCCUGACCCAGUACCAACUGUUGGCCACCCAUGUACCCACCGUCUGGGCCAUCGACCAGUACAGAGUCUGUCAAGAGGUCUUAGAACGUUCCAGAGACGUUGUGGAUGACGUAAGCGUGUCCCUCCGGCUAUGGGACACCUUUGGAGACCAUCACAAAGACAGACGCUUCGCCUACGGGAGGUCUGACGUCGUGGUUCUCUGCUUUUCCAUCGCCAAUCCCAACUCCCUACACCAUGUUAAAACCAUGUGGUACCUCGAGAUCAAGCACUUCUGUCCACGCACACCUGUCAUCCUGGUCGGUUGCCAGCUGGACUUGCGCUACGCUGACCUGGAGGCAGUCAAUAGAGCUAGGCGACCAUUAUCAAGGCCCAUUAAACCCGGAGAUAUUUUGCCUCCAGAGAGUGGAAGGGAGGUUGCCAAAGAGCUUGGCAUCCCAUACUACGAGACGAGCGUUUUCAAUCAGUUUGGCAUCAAGGAUAUCUUUGAUAAUGCCAUUCGAGCUGCCCUCAUCUCCAGACGCCACCUACAAUUCUGGAAGUCCCACCUGAGGAAGGUCCAGAAACCUCUGCUGCAGGCACCAUUUUUGCCACCCAAAGCUCCUCCGCCACUUAUUAAGAUCCCAGAGUGCCCAGCCAAAAACCGGGAUGGCCCUCGGCAGCUUCUUGAGAGCCCCCUGUGCGCUGAUGUUAUGUUCGUCAUUCAGGAACACAUCCACUUGUUUGCCCACAGGAUCUACCUGUCUACCUCAUCCUCCAAAUUCUUCGACCUCUUUCAGAUGGACUUCUCAGACGAGUCCCAGUGCUUGGUGGUAACUGAGCGCCAUGGCCGGGAUCAACUGAUGCGCACGCUAAGCCUGGACACAGAAGAGGACGUCACCGUUCUCCCCAGUCUGUCACCUUGCUCGCUCAGGGCAUCCAAGAGUGAUGGAACCCUCAAGAUGAUGAGCUUCAGUGGAAUGCACCGGCGCACCAAGUUGUCCCUGGCCUCUUGGAGCAAGGCCUUCCACAGCAUCCACAAGGAGAAUGUGAUCAAUCCGGUCACGGGUACGCCAACUCUUAUGACUGUCGUCAAGAUGGAUCAUUCCAUCCACCAUGGACCCUUCAGCGCUGUCCUACGCUUCCUCUACACUGGUGAGCUGGAUGAGAAGGAGAAAGACUUGAUGAAGAUCGCUCAGAUCGCAGAGAUCCUAGAAGUGUUUGAUCUUAGAAUGAUGGUGGAGAACAUCAUGAACAAUGAAGGCUUCAUGAAUCAAGAGAUCACAAAAGCGUUCCAUGUGAGAAAGGCCAACCGAAUCAAAGAGUGUCUCACCAAGAAUAACUUCACAGAUGUGGUGUUCAGGUUGGAUGACGGCACCAUUAAUGCCCACAAACCACUGUUGAUCUCUAGCUGUGACUGGAUGGCUGCCUUAUUCGGGGGCUCGUUCAUGGAGAGUGCAAAUGACGAGGUCUCAUUCCCCAACACCAGCAGGGUAUGUAUGCAGGCAGUUCUGGAGUAUCUCUACACCAAUCAGCUGUCGCCCAUGGCAGACCUGGACCCAAUGGAGCUAAUCGCCCUGGCCAACAGACUGUGCCUUCCACGGCUCAUCGCCCUGACAGAGCAAUACGCUGUGAGCGAGUUAGUAAAAGCAUCUAAAGAUGGACAGGAUAUCGAUGGAGAGGUACUCACCUAUCUAGAGCUUGCUCAGUUCCAUAAUGCUAAUCAACUCGCUGCCUGGUGUUUACACCACAUCUGCACCCAUUACAACAGGAUAUGUGCCAAUUACCGCAAAGAGAUCAAGUCGAAAUCAGCAGAAAACCAGGAAUAUUUUGAGAAGCACCGCUGGCCUCCGGUCUGGUAUCUGAAAGAGGAAGAUCACUAUCAGCGGGUGAAGAAGGAGAGAGAGAAGGAGGAUGUGGUGUUGAAUAAACAUCACUCGCGAUGGCGCUGGUGUUUCUGGAGCACGUCCCCUGCUGUUGCUUGAGUCUGUACCCUCUUGUUUUAUUUUUAAAGCUCUUAUUUUUCCUUUUUUUCUAUUUUGCUAAAAUGAAACAGGCCACUCUAAAUGAGCAUUCGGUUUGAAGCACAAUCUCAACGUCCAAUCAAUGCUGGCCAUCGAAUCUACGGAGGUGACGCAGGCUUAGUCCUUAAGGUGUAAUAUUUGUUUUCUUAAUCGAGCUGCUGUGUUGGACUUGGUUGUGAUCUGACUGUGUUAGAAGCAUAAGAAUCUUAAAACACUAAGAGGAUUAGGGAGUGUUUUGUCUUUCCUUUUUCACUUAGGUGCUAUAUACUGUAUAUUUACAUUAACACCUUUUAAACUGUUCAGUGAAAUCAUCUAAGUGGAAAAUGCUCAUUAUGUCACUAAUUCAGAGCACAUGCAUUGAUUCGCAUUGUAGAAUUCUGCAUUUAGGCAAAUUUGGGGUAAUGCGGUACGCCUGUUUAUUCAACAACUUGCGACCAAAAAUUAAGAGCACUUGAGGUUUGGGCUCGCUGUAGAUUGUAAUAUAAUGGAUGUAGUUUGAUCAUUGUGAUUGUAAAAGCGUACAGCAUUCAGCCCUAUGUAUAAACAUCAGGGACAGGAACGCAGUAGCUGGGUCAUUCCUCUUGCGCAGUACAUUCUGAACUUUUUUUUUUUUCUCAAAAAAUGCAUGGUUGCAUUUCUAUAACAGGAUAUGCUAGACUUUCUGAAAUAUGUUCUGGUAAAUCUCAGGCACCUAAAAUGUAUGAAUUAUAACUUUAUGAUUUACACAAACAUAAAAAAAAAAUCAGGGAAAAAGUUACAGGAUGAUAUGGAACCUCUAACGGGUCAUGGUGGAAAAAAAAAAUGAGAAAGGAGGAAAAUGUGUAUUUCAAAGCUCACAAAACUUUUGUGUUCCUGUGUGAAAUUUGGCAUUCGCUUGCAAACGUUUUGCGGCCUGCUUUACAAUUGUUUCUAAAUACCCCAAAAUAAUUUCCAACAUACACUGAAAAACUUUGAAACUGUAUUUAAUCAGAAAUUGCUAGUAAAUUUUACAAAUAAUUACAAAAAUCGAUAACUAACUUAAAUUGAACUGAAUUAAACGUAAAAUUAAAAUGUAAGUUAAACAUGAAGUUUUGAAAUAGUAUUUUCUUUUAAAACUUUAUCCAAUAAUCUUUGUUUUUUGUUUGUUUGUUUGUUUUUGUUCAUUUGCAACUUCAAAAAAUAUUCUUUGUUAAAGUUAGUUAUUUAUGGAAGCCUGUUUCUGCCACUGAAUAAAAAAUAAAAAAAGGUUAUUGCAACUUUUUGUCUCACAAUUCUGAGAAUUCUGAAUUUUUUCUCAGAAUUGUGAGAUAUAAACUUGCAAUUGCAAGUCAUUUCGAGUUUAGAGUUCAUUUAGAGUUUUGUCUCACAAUUCUGACUUUUUUUUGUGAGAUUAUGAGAUAUAAACUUGCAAUUCUGAGAAAAAAAGUCAUAAUUGUGAUAUGAGAAAAAAAUCAUUUCUCAGAAUUGUGAAAUGUAAACUUGAAACUUGCGAAAAAAAUUCAGAACUGCGAAAUAUAACUCUAAAUUCUGAGGAAUUAAGUCGCAAUUUUGAGAUAUAAAUUUAUACUUAAAUAUAAAUAUAUAAAUAUACAUUUAUACUUUUUUAAAAAUUAGAAUUGCCUGAUUUAAACUCACAAUUGCGAGUUAUAAAGUCAAAAUUGUAAGUUUAUGUCUUGCAAUUCUGACUUUAUUUCUCAGAAUUCUGACUUUAUUACCCAUAAUUGUGAGUUUAUAUUUCACAAGUUCAAGACAAAAUUCAGAAUUUAAAGUUUAGAUCUUACAAUUCUGAGAAAAAAAGUCAGAAUUGCAAGAAGUAAAGGAGGAAAAUGUGUAUUUCAAAGCUUACAAAACUUUUGUGUUCCCGCAUGACAUUUGGCAUUCGCUUGCAAAAAGUUUCGCUUGCUUUACAAUUGUUUCCAAAUACCCCAAAAUGAAUUCCAACCUGAAAAACUUUUACUUUGAUACAGUUUUUAAUCAGAAAUUGCUAGUAAAUUUUACAAAUAAUGACCAAAAAAUCGGCAAGUAACUAAAAAAGUUGAAAAAAAAAAAAGUAAUUUCUCAGAAAUUAUUUUUUUGUAAGUUUAUUUCUCAGAAUUCUGAAUUUAUUACUCACAAUUGUAAGUUUAUAUUGCACAAUUCUGAGAAAAAAGUCAGAAUUGUGAGAUGUAAACUCUAAAUUCUAAGAAAUGAAUUCAGAAUUGUGAGAUAUAAACUCACAAUUCUGACCUUUUUUUAAUCAAAAUUGCAUGAUAUAAACUCACAAUUGCGGGUUACAGUCAGAAUUGCGUCAUAUAAACAAUUCUGAGAAAAAAGUCAGAAUUACGAGUUUAUAUCUCACAAUUUUUCUCACAACUUUAUUUCUCAGUAUUGCAAGUUUAUUUCUCACAAUUCUGACUUUAUUACUCACAAUUGUGAGUUUAUGUCUCACAAUUCUGACAAAAAGGUCAGAAUUGUGAGAUGUAAACUAAAUUCUGAGAUAUUAAGUCAAAACUUUUGACUUUUUUUAUCAGAAUUGUGUGAUAUAAACUUACAAUUGCGAGUUAUAAAGACAGAAUUCCAACAUAUAAGCAAUUCUAAGAAAAAAGUUAGAAUUGUGAAUUUAUAUCUCAUUUGUACUGUAUUUCUCAGAAUUCUGACUUUAUUACUUGCAAUUGCGAGUUUAUAUCUCACAAUUCUGACAAAAAAAGAAUUGUGAGAUGUAAACUCACAAUUGCAAAAAAAAAGUUGUGAGUUUAUAUCUCACAAGUUUGGGAAAAAAGUCAGAAUUGUAAGAAGUAAACUCAAUUUUGAGAACAAAAGUGAGAAUUGUGAGAUAAAAAGGCUGCAGUCACCUUUUUUAAGAUUUUUUAUUCAGUGCCAAAAAUGGGCUUCCAUAGUUAUCACUUAUUUUUAGGAAGGUAUUUUUUUAUUUAUAUUAUUUUAUUUCUGUAAGAGUGUGACAAACCAAAUAUCCAACAAAAUACCACAGAAAAUAACAAUUAAUUUUUGCUUACAGAGCCUUUUUUACUGUACUAAUGUUUGUAAUUUUGUUUUCUUACCAAAAUGAUGCCACUUCCUGCAGUCAUCUAGCUUUUGCUAAAGGAAAAACAAACAAACAAAAACUGUGGAAUAGUGAGGAAAAAAAUAUGGAAUUUUUCUGCCACUUUUAAAUUUGGAAUUUAGUACAUGAAAUCAUGACAAAAUGUUACUUUAACUGACGCCUCACAAACAGCUUGAUUGACAGGCCAAAACACAGAAUCCCCCAUUUUGUCUGACAAACAAAUUAGACAGAGGAGAAGAUUAAUUUCGGUGGACUUACACUUGAAAAAUUGUGUGUAUUGACGUCUUUCCUUGGUUAAAAUAAAAUACACUCCAGUGUUCAUAAAAAACGAUCGGUUCACAUUGAUUGAGGCAAUACAGUGACCUGUCACGACACAAAACGAUAUUUAUUGCUUGAAUUUCUUAAAAAAUGACAACAUUUUAAAGCUGACACCUUGUUUCAUACCAGAAGUAACCUGCUCUGUCUUGUCUGUCGGCGUGUUGUCAGUUUCCUUUGUUCUGCAAUGUAUUUUUCACUGCAGCGGGUUUUUGCGAAGGGUCAGUUUUGAUCAAAGAAACUAAUAUUUAAAGUUUCUUUUAAUGGUGUCAAUAAAAAUGUAUUAUUCAAUAUCAAAUAUGAAGAAAACUACAUAUGCAUACUGCAUAAUAGGAAUGAUCCAGCUCUGUCCAGAUGGGAAAAAAAAAAUCAGGAGCUGAUGAAUAAAAACACCUCCAACUACCAGUUACACAUUACUUUUCUAGUCUCUUCCAUGUGUUGUAGCAUAAUGUUAGCCUUUACUGACAAACUACACAUUCACUUCUAAUUAGAAGGGCUUAGAAACACGGCUUAGUUCAGGGCAAACCUUAACUAACAAAAAAAUUAAACAAUAAUAAUAAUAAUGUAACCACUACUCACAUAUAGUACAUAUAAUACAUGAGCUCCACCAUUGUUGUGCUAGAAGUUACAUAUGUACUGUAGUGGAUUGUAACUUUAUUUACACAUCAAAGAUUGUCAUAGUUGUGAAAGCUAAAACGAUUUCCUCAGCUGUGUCCUAUAAUGAAUAAUUAAUGUAUGUAAAUGUUUCAUGGUAGGAUAUAAAGAAUGUACCGCGGCUUUAUGUGUUGGUAUGUACGCGCUUUUAAAGACGGUGAAGGGUAACGUAACACAGGGUCGGUGACGACGUAUCCUAAACGAAAGCGGAUGUAACUGCCUAUUAAUAAAGGAGGAACGUUCAUACUUGAAGAAAAAAUAAUAGUGUUUAGUCACUGUAGUGUAGAUUAUCUUUAGUUUACCAAAGCAAUAUAUAGAUGAUCACAUGCAUAAGAUACCAUGAUUGUUCUUUUUCGGUGGUAUUGGCGAAAUUGUUGUUAACUGUUGUUAGCUGCUGAAAACCAAAUGGCUGGUUCAUUUGGUUCUUGCUGUCUAAAUGCCUUUGAUCUUGCUGGUCAUUAUCUUUAAUGUUGGUUGUUUGUUUAUUUAUGUAUUUCAUUAAUUUAUUUUUUAAAAAAUGGAAAAUUGUUGAAUAAAUUAUUGAUUUUA